UUCAAACCCGGAAGAGCUUGUAAACAAACGGUCUUCAGCAAAAGCAGCUUCAAGAUGAGAUUUUAAGAAUAAACAAAGAGAGAGAAGAGUGUUUCAGGUGAAGGAUAUGGAGGAUAAACAGCGGCUGCAGCUCGGAGGGAACACGGACUGGAUGUCUCGUCUGCCGGAGGAGCUGCUGGACGUCCCGCUGUGGAACCUGGCUCUGCCCGGGAGCCACGACAGCAUGUCCUUCUGCCUGGACGUUUCCUCCCCGGUGCUCGGAUCAGAGCCCGGCCUCCUCAGACUCACAGACCGGUUCUUCCCCUGCUGUACCAGGCGCUGUGUGAACCGCUGGGCCACCACCCAGCAGUCCAUCCUCAGUCAUCAGUGCGAUCUUGGGAUUCGUUUCUUCGACCUGCGGAUAGCCAGGAAGCCGAAGGGAGGCAGAAAAUUGUUCUUUGCACACGGAAUCUACACACUGAUCACUGUCAAGGAGGCUCUGGAUGAACUCUCCGUCUGGCUCGACGCUCAUCCUAAAGAGGUCGUCAUUGUCUCCUGCUCACAUUUCGAAUCUCUGACCGACGAAGAUCACGCAGAUCUGGUGGAGUUCAUCUUCUCGCUGUUCGGACGGAAGCUGUGCUCCUCGCAGGAGACUCCCACUCUGCACUCCUGUUGGUCCAGAAGUCAGCAGCUUGUUGUUUCUUACGACGACCAGCAGGUGGCGCCGCAGCAUCCUAAGCUGUGGGAUGGGAUACCUUACUGGUACGCUGACAGCUCAGAUCCUGAGAAAGUGAUCGCUUAUCUGGAGGAGCAGAAGAGCCGAGGAAGACCAGCUGGUUUCUACGUCUGCGGUCUGAAUCUGACUGAAGACGCUCCGUACGUUUUCCUCCACCCGCUGCAGGACAUGAGGAAGAUGACGAUGAAGGCUCUGUCCGUGCUGCUGCGUUGGACCGGCGAGCAGCAUCCGGGACCGGAGGGGGGCGGAGUCAACGUGGUUUGCUGCGACUUCGUGGGCGACAGCCGCUUCUGCUCGCUGGUCAUCGGCCUCAACUACAAACUCGCCGCUCGGCCGCCGGCAUCUUCCUCGGAUGCUGCUGGCUGUUUCCAUAGCAACCAACCUGAUAUCUCACAUCCAACAUAGUCUGGGGAGCUUUUUUUUUUUAUCUUCAAAAGGUGUCAAAUAAGUGAAAUAUUGUUAUUUUUUUUGUCUUAUUCUGUUUACAGACUUCUUUAUUUUCACAUCACCUGCUUUUUCCUUUACAUUAUUAUUAUUAUUAUUAUUACACUAUUACUAGUGUGUGUAUAAUAUUACAUAGUUUGAAUAUUAUUUUUCAUAUCUUCAGAUGCUGACAGAGCUGCCUUUUUAUGACACUUUUGCACAAAUAUUUGCACAAAUAACCAACUUAGCGUUACAUAUCAUAAAGUAUAUUUUGUUAAAACUUCAGAAAUGUCAAUUUUCUGUUUUGUUUUCAUGUUUUCUACUUUUUUCAUGAUUCAAAUAGCUCUUCAUUUCUUUAUUUUUUUACCUCCUAACUUACCUUCACAUGUGAAUUUCUUCUCAGGGAUCAUCAGUGAGUGUUUUUUCAUCUCUUUACUGACACAUUUAAGUAAUUACAAAUGUUUACUGUGAAAUUAUUGUCAUAAAUGGGACAUACAUCACAGAAAUUUCAUGCAUGUUGUUUUUGGAUUGUCACAUUUUUAUGUUUUUUUUUUUAAAUUACAUACUCAGUUUCUCUACUUCACACUUUUAUAAGAAGCAACAAAUGUUCAUUAAAUGGUUUAUAGUGAAAAACAAUACAGUUGUAGCAGCUUUUUCUAUAAACUUUAAUUAGUUUUUUCUGUGUUUAACCAAAUUGCCAUUUAUUAUCUGUUUAAAGGGAAGGUGUAAAGUGUUUUCUUUAUGUACAACUGGACAUAUUUGUAGUUUUAUUUUGCAGUAAGUAGUAAUAGUGUUCACUUGUUGUCAAAGUUACAGUGAUGCUGUGCCGCUAUCUAAAUUUUCAACAAAUCCGUGGAUCCAGACUAUAAGCCACAUCACUGCCAAAAUCUAAUCAGUUUGUCCUUGUGUCAUUUCUGGCCUUCCCUGAAAACUUCAUCCAAAUCCGUUAAUCCGUUUUUUACUGAAAGCACAACCACUGGGGCCCUUUAAGAAGCGUGUGGCCCUAGAACUGCUGUCCUAUCGGUGUGGUCCUGGGAACUGUAGACAAACUUCCUGGGGCCAACAUGAAAGUGGAAUACUCCUUGAAUAAGCUUUUUAAAUUCUAGGUUUCUUCAGAGUGAAAUUAUCCUUUAAAACCAUAAAUUGCGCAUUUAAACCACAAACUAUAAAAAAUACAAGUGAGGCCUUAGAGGAAGUGUGGGCCUCUCCGGCUCAGUUGCUAGGCGACCACAUAACCAAGCAACUGUGCAUCUUGUUCUUUUUAAAUUAAUAUUUAUCAUGUUUACUUGACACUAGUUAUGAUGAGAUUUUUUUUUCUCUAACCAAUUGAGCCAAUUGGUUAAAGAAAGUGUUAAUUUCUCAAAGCUACAAGAGCACACGAAACCACCUACUGGCCAAGUGUGUAAUCACAGGCAGCUGGAUCUGAACCGCAUAAUAUCUGAUGCAUUGAAGUUUUGUCUGUUAUGGUUGUUGGGAAUGACUGUAAAUUACAAAAAAAAUGUAUGACCAAAUAAUUUCUGUACAUAAAUUAUCACAUAUGUGUAUAAUAAAGUAUAUUUUCAUA